AUGCAAAAACGGACAAAAAAGAAAGAAAAAUGUGAUCUCACCUCUUCUUUGUCUGACAUUGUACCAGGAAGGAGAAUAAUAGAAUGUAAGGCAUUGCUGGAUUUAGAAAAUAUUAAAAGAGAAGAACGACGUGGCUUGGCUUUCAAUGUUUCAAACGAAGUUUCUACUGACAAGCAACAUGUAGAUCCAACGACAAAAAGACAACCAUUCGACAUAAAUUCUAAGUUUGCAAUAGGCGCACUUCACUCUGGGAUCGGAGCAACUCACGUCAAUAAAAUGUUAGCCUCUGUUGAUAUGCCAUCAAUUGAUUCAAAAAUGUUCAAAAAAUAUGAAAAUGAGAUAGGAACAGCUGUUGAGGAAGUGGCUAAAGAAAGUUGCCGUACACUGAUAGAAAAUUGA